CUCUGCUGAUCUGAGCUCUGCGGGGCAGCAGGAACCUGCAUCCUCCCUGAAGCAUCUCCAGGGCCUCGGUGACCCCUGUCCAUGGUGAGGCCCCCACAGGGACGUGCUGAUGGACGGGCUGAGGAUGAAGGAGACCCCACGGCGAGGCUCUGAGAGGGAAGGACGCGCCCGGGUCACCCUCACCUGGAAGGGGCGUCUCAGGAAGACACCGGGUCUGUCAUGGGAAUGAGAGCCAGGCUGUCAAGCAGGGGCAGUUCCCCUUCCUGUGGGGCUGCUGACGUGACAGCCCCGUGACGGGGAGGACCAGCCUCCCGGUGGACACACCCUCGGGUCUCCGUCCUGAGGGCACCGUGGUCUCCUCCAUCUGCACCGCCUGGACCACAGGGACGAGACGCCAUGACCCCCAGCCUCACGGCCCUGCUCUGCCUCGGGCUGCGUGUGGGCCUGAGGACCCACGUGCAGGCAGGGACCCUCCCCAAACCCACCAUCUGGGCUGAGCCAGGCUCUGUGAUCCCCUGGGGGAGCCCCGUGACCAUCUGGUGUCAGGGGACCCUGGGGGCCCGGGAGUUCCGUUUGGAUAAAGAGGGAAGCUCAGCUCCCUGGGACAGACAGCCCCCACUGGAGCCCAGGGACAAGGGCAAGUUCUCCAUCCCACACAUGACACAGCCCUACGCAGGGAGAUACCACUGUUAUUAUCUCAGCCCCACUGUCUGGUCAGAGCGCAGUGACCCCCUGGAGCUGGUGGUGACAGGGGUCCACAACAAACCCACCCUCUCAGCCCUGCCGAGCCCUGUGGUGACCUCGGGAGGGAACGUGACCCUCCGGUGUGGCUCAUGGCAGGGAUUGGACGGGUUCAUUCUGACUAAGGAAGGAGAACACAAGUCCUCCUGGACCCUGGAUGCACAGCGACGCCCCUAUGGGCAGACCCAGGCCCUGCACCCCGUGGGUCCCGUGACCCCCAGCCACAGGUGGACGUUCAGAUGCCACGGCUUUAACAGGGACAAACCCCAGGUGUGGUCAGCCCCCAGUGACCCCCUGGAGCUCCUGGUCCCAGGUGUGUCUGGGAAGCCCUCCCUCCUGACCCCGCAGGGCCCUGUCGUGGCCUCUGGACAGAGCCUGACCCUCCAGUGUCGCUCUGACGUCGGCUACGACAGAUUCGCUCUGUCCCAGGAGGGGGGACAGGCCCUCCCCCAGCGCCCUGGCCGGCAGCCCCAGGCUGGGCUCUCACAGGCCGACUUCCCCCUGGGCCCGGUGACCAGCACCCACGGGGGCCGGUACAGAUGCUACGGUGGGCACAGCCUCUCCUCCGCGUGGUCGGCCCCCAGCGACCCCCUGGACGUCCUGGUGGCAGGAUGGUUCCCUGACACGCCCUCCCUCUCGGUGCAGCCGGGCCCCGUGGUGGCCUCAGGAGAGAACGUGACCCUGCUGUGUCAGUCAGGGAGCAGGACGGACACUUUCCUUCUGUCCAAGGAGGAGGCAGCCCGUCCCCCACUGCGUCUUAGAUCAAAGUACCGAGGUCGGCAUUUCCAGGCCGAAUUCUCCAUGAGUCCUGUGACCUCAGCCCACAGUGGGACCUACAGGUGCUACAGCUCACUCAGCAGUAACCCCUACCUGCUGUCACACGCCAGUGCCCCCCUGGAGCUCGUGGUCUCAGCCUCACACCCCCAAGGCUACACAGUGGAGAAUCUCAUCCGGAUGGGCGUGGCUGGCUUGGUCCUGCUGGGCCUCGGGAUUCUGCUCUUUCAGGCUCCACACGGCCACGGAGGAACCCAAGAUGCAGCCAGGAGCUGAACACAAGAGAGGACCAUGCACCGUCCCGAGUGGCGGGGCCCUGGACAUGACCUUAUGUGCCCAGGAGGUUCUGGAAGAGAAUCUGCAGCACGUGUUGUGUGAACUGUCUGACCGGGGAGGGAGAGACACGGUGUGGGUGCAGGAGAAGGUGUGGGAGUCCCUGUGGAGGCCUGGGCCUCGGUUAGCCGUGGUGCCUUCCCUCCCCACCAGUGGUGACUCUCGCUGACUGCCCCGUCCCCUCUCAGCCCUGUGCCGUGAGGCGCAUCCCACGUGGCAGGUCUGCGUCCACACCUUACGCAUGUUCUUGCUCUGGCCC